AUGGCAAGUCAAGUGCAAGACAAGAACGGGAAUGCCAUCGACGAAGGAGAUAGAGUAUUCACCAAAAUCCGAGGCGGAAAACGCGAAGGCGAAGUUGAAGACAUAGUAACGACGCAAGAAGAAGCUCAAAAAGAAAAAGUGAAAAAUCCCCCAAAAGUUGUUUUCCACGAUCAGCAUGGGCACAAAGUCGCCCAUAACCCUGGCACGCUGGAGAACUUGGAUGCGCAAGAAUGA